CAAGUCCCAUAAUGCAGCGCGGUUGGUCAUAUGGUUAUGACGUAUUUUUCGCGCGUCCACCCCUGUUCUGAUCAAGAAGACAGCAGCAGAGAGGAAGCUCAUCGCACGUCUCUCACCACACGUCCUCUGCUCUCAGGCAUCCACCACUGAUGUCUCAACAACCGCAGCAGACUCUGCCCUCCGCCCCGGACUCCCCCGCCCUGGUGGUCACCUCCAACGUGCAGAAAUAUGCCAUCAAGAAGAAGAAGGUGCUCAGCGUUGAGGAAGCGGAGCUGUAUGAACUGACCCAGGCUGCAGGACUCACUAUCGACCAAGAGGUGUUCAAGAUCAUAGUGGAACUGUUGAAAAUGAACGUGGCUCCUCAAGCGGUCUUCCAGACUCUGAAGGCCAUGUGUGCGGGUCAGAGAGUGGCCGACAGCUGCGGCGGAGAGUCCACUUCAGCUGCCUCCCACACCACCAUUACCACAGCCCCCACAGAGCCCAGAGAAGAGGACACUUUGGUCUCUGGAAAGAGCCCUAAGCCUCUUGCCGCUCCCCCCUCAGCGUCUGGCCUCAGAGCCACAAGGGUCAACACUAAGAUUGUGGUCUACGGCCCCCAAGACUCUAGCUCUCCUCACUCUCAAGCAGUGCGCAGUAAAGCUGGAGCGAGCCACAGCGAGAAGAGCAGAGAGGGCUCCAGCCAGAGAGUGCAGCGGCAGCCCAGCGCCACCAGAGGGCAGAAGACCAAGAGCUCCGGCAGCAGCAGUUCCUCCUCUCAGAUAAAUUCCACAUGAGACUCAGGUCAAUGUGACAUCAUUUGUAAAUAUAUACUUUUCUUUGUGUUUAACUUAUCUUUAUUUUUUACUGUGUAACCUGUUUAAAGGGUUGGUUUACCCUUACCGCAAAAAGCUGUUUUAUUUGCCUCUGCCUUAAUUCAAUGGAGCUGUACAGAAUUGUUAGAAAUUUAAGAAAUUAAAACAUUACUUUAGUUCCAAUGAAAACUCAUCACAGUGAGGUCUGUGAAGAGCCACAGAUAUCUGAAAACCUUCAAAAGUGUUAAAUGCACGACUCGAUAAUAGUGUUAAGUGAGAAAAUAUGGAACAUUUUGGGUAAACCCAUCCUUUAAAAUUCUAACAUAAUAAGAAAUAAGAAAGUCUUGAGUGUCUCCUACUCAUUAUUGUUCUAGCUGUUGCUACUGUAAGGGAGUCAAGCCUUUUGUCACCUUCUAACAUUCAACAGGCCUAAAGAAAAAUCAUAAUGUUGUUAUUCAAUGUGCUGCUUUUUAUAAUAGUAUAAAUCUUUGAUAAAUCCAAUAAAUGAUAAACCUUC